AGCGAGUAAUGAUUAUCAUAAGAUAAAAUGAACAAUGAACAAUCAAAGUUUAUAACCUUACAAAGUGACGUUUAUCUAAUAAUUAAAUAAGUUAAAAGUAGUGAAAUAAGUACAAUGUUUAAAUUAUCGAUUUGAAGGAGAAAAUGGAAAGACGAACGCGAAAUUUCCGAUGUGACCCAUAAAGCAAGAUAUCUAUGAAUGAAUAGGUAUCAUGGCUAGACCAGAAAAUUUAUGCAAUCAAUCACUACUAGAAGCUGGUGAACGGACUCUGGAAAGAACGAUCGGUGAACCUGGAGACGUUAAAACGCAGUUCGUUACGAGAGAAGGAACCUACCGACUGUUAACUUUAAGUGAAUAUUCUCGUCCAAAUCGAGUGGGAUACCAACCACAAGGUCAAACUCCCCCUCAAGUGAGAGUGUCUCUGGUUUCCCUUCCUGAUCAAGCGGGUGAAAGAAUUUGCUUUAAUUACGGCAGAGAACUGUACGUUUACAUUUACAAGGGGAUAAAAAAGGCGGCGGAUUUGAGCAAACCUCUGGAGAAGAAAGUAUACAAAGGCACAAACCCAACCUGCCAUGAUUUUAAUACUUCAUCUGCCCAAAGUGAUAGUGUUAGCCUCUUGAUAGGAUUUAGCACCGGACAGAUCCAGUUGAUCGAUCCCAUCAAAAAAGAAUUGAGUAAAUUAUUUAACGAAGAACGUUUCAUCGAUAAAACGAGAGUUACCUGCCUCCGAUGGGUCCCCGGCAGCAAAUCACUGUUUCUAGCAGCGCACGCUUCCGGACAUUUUUACGUUUAUAACGAAGAGUUACCUUGCGGUUCGGCGGCCCCUCACUAUCAACCGUUCAAAGCCGGCGAGGGUUUCUCCGUGAACACCUGCAAAACGAAAUCCACCAGAAAUCCCCUAUUCAGGUGGUUGUUGGGAACCGGCGCCGCCAUUAACGAGCUGGCUUUCAGUCCUAAUGGAUCUCAAUUAGCUGUAGUAUCGCAAGAUGGCUUGCUUAGAAUAUUCCAAUACGACACGAUGGAACUUUUGGGCCACGCCAGGUCGUAUUUCGGCGGGUUACUGUGCGUGGCGUGGUCGUGCGAUGGUAAACUGAUAGCCGUCGGCGGCGAAGACGAUUUAGUUACUGUGUAUUCCAUGGAACAGAAGCGCGUGGUGGCCCGGGCGCAGGGCCAUCGCUCUUGGGUGUCCGCUGUGGCGUUCGACUGGUUUUUGGAAGCGGAAUCUUGCUAUCGGUUGGGAUCGGUCGGGCACGACACGCAAAUCUGCCUUUGGGAACUGCCCGAGGAUAAUUUAGUGCCUCCUAGGCCUAGAGUGAAAAGAAGACCUGACCCACUGCAAUUAGUUGGUACUCCGGCUUGCCCUAGAUUAGACGAAUGUCCGAACCUCGAACCUUUAGUUUGUAAAAAAAUUGCUCAUGAAAGGUUAACUGCUCUAGUCUUUAGGCCUGAUUCUAUUAUAACUGUGUGCCAAGAUGGAUAUAUUUAUACUUGGGCACGGCCUACCACAUAAAAUUAAAUAUUGUAUUUUUUAUAAAAAAAAAAUGAUUUGCGUUUUGUAAAUUUUUUGUACAGAAUUUAGUGUGUAAAUAUUUGUAUAAAUUAUUUUCAAUGUAAUUAUUCAAAUUACAACAAACAUGACUUAAAAUUGGUGAUUUUUUUAUGUAUUUAAAACCACCAAUGUUCCUUGCAUUAAUU